UGGCCUACACCAGUGCAAGAAGACAGGCAUGAGUAGCACAUGUUGACUCCACACUGAGCUGUGAUUGGACCGUGGAAAGGGGUGGAGAUAAACUAACAGGAGGAGACACAGAAAAGCUUUAAGAGCUGGGUAUCCUUGAGCGUCUGGAUGCAGGCGAGGUGGUGAUUGGAGAUGGGGGCUUUGUGUUUGCUCUAGAGAAGAGGGGCUAUGUGAAGGCCGGGCCCUGGACCCCCGAGGCCGCCGUCACUCACCCAGAAGCUGUGAGACAGUUGCACAGAGAGUUCCUCCGAGCUGGUGCCAAUGUUAUGCAAGCUUUCACUUUCUAUGCCAGUGACGAUAAACUGGAGAACAGGGGACAGGCCCUCAAAAUCACAGGUGCACAAGUAAAUGAAGCUGCGUGUGAUCUGGCUCGUGAAGUGGCCAAUGAGGGCGACGCGCUGGUUGCUGGUGGAGUGUCCCAGACCCCGUCCUACUUGAGCUGCAAAAGCGAGGCCGAAGUGAAAGCCAUCUUCAAAAAACAAAUGGACGUUUUCAUCAAGAAGAAUGUGGACUUCCUGAUCGCUGAGUACUUUGAGCACGUGGAGGAGGCAGAGUGGGCGGUGCAGGUGCUGAAGACCAGUGGAAAACCUGUGGCUGCGACUCUGUGCAUCGGACCCCAGGGUGACAUGCACGGGGUCUCUCCUGGAGACUGCGCCGUUAGACUGGUCAAGGCUGGUGCUAAGAUUGUGGGAGUGAACUGCCACUUUGACCCCCUGACCUGUGUGAAGACUGUGAAGAUGAUGAAGGCUGCAGUGGAGAAGGCUGGACUCAAGGCUCACUUCAUAGUGCAGCCUCUGGCCUACCACACCCCAGACUGUAACUGCCAAGGGUUCAUCGAUCUGCCUGAAUUCCCCUUUGCUCUUGAACCCAGAAUCCUGACCCGCUGGGACAUGCACCAAUACGCCAGGGAGGCCUAUAACGCCGGUAUUCGCUACAUUGGAGGCUGCUGUGGGUUUGAGCCCUACCACACCAGGGCGGUGGCCGAGGAGCUGGCACCAGAGAGGGGCUUCCUGCCUCAGGGGUCUGACAAACAUGGACUCUGGGGCGCUGGUCUGGAGAUGCACACCAAGCCAUGGGUCAGAGCAAGGGCUCAUAGGGAUUACUGGGAGAAGCUCCGUCCUGCCUCGGGUCGCCCCCAGUGUCCUUCCCUGUCCACUCCCGAGGGCUGGGGCGUAACCAAGGGCAACCCUGAGCUACUGCAGCACCGAGAGGCGACCACUGCUGAGGAGAUGCAACAAGUCCUGGACAGGCAGAAGAAAGUCAAAUCUAGUGUGUAAAGAUUAAAUGUAUAAAGCAAUGAAACAAGAAAAUAUAACACAAGAAAACACCAAGAACCUUAUUAGGUCAACUAUCGAGCCAGGAGUCUUUUCUGGUUCAGUUGCAAAAUCAAAAGCACUUGUUACAGCGAACUGGUAAAUAAUGUUACUGCAAAAAAUAACCAAAAUAAACCCGCAAUCACCACUAUA